AUGGGGUCCAUUGGAGUCGACAGUGUUGAGAAAACUCUCUUGAAUGGCACCAGCUCCCCGGUGAGAAAGCUGAACGUCGGCGUGGUGGGCAUCGGCCGCAUGGGACGUCGACAUGCCAUGAACAUUCUCUGGCGCGUCCCGAGGGCGAAAUUGCUUUGCGCAUGUUCCCCAGCCCAACCAGAUCUCAUCUGGGCUGAGGAACAUCUCGUCCCGCACGGGGUUCAGGUCUAUCCAACUUUUGAAGAAAUGAUCCAGACACCUGGCUUAGAUGCCGUGAUCAUAGCUUCGGCCACAGAAUUGCAUUUGGAACACACCACGGCAUCCCUGGAUCGAGGUAUUCACGUGCUGUGUGAGAAGCCGGUCUGCACAUCGGUUGCUGAGCUGCGUCUACUUCUAGAGAGGGUCGAGGCGAAACCUCAGACGAAACUCAUGGUAGCAUUCGUUCGGAGAUUCGACGAGAACUACCAGGACGCAUACGCAAAGAUUCAAGAAAGCAGAAUCGGAAAACCUAUCAUUAUCAGAUCUCAAGGCUGCGAAAAGCUUGACACGAGCGCGGCGUUCAAGCAGUAUCUCAAGGCAUCUGGUGGGAUAUUCCUCGACAGCAUCAUCCAUGACAUCGACUUGUCCCUGUUCUUGUUUGGGUUGGACCCGCGGCCAAAGUCUGUGUCGGCUUCAGGCGUAGCUGCUGUACACACUGAGCUGGCUGAAGACGGCGAUGCCGAUAACGCUGUCGGAAUCUGUGAAUUCUGGGACGGAAAGAUCGCGUACUUUUACAAUUCCAGGACAGCAGCUCACGGGUACGACAACGCGACCGAAGUGUUUGGCACGGCGGGUAAGCUCUCGAUCAACAUGACACCGAGACGAAACCGAGUAGAGCUGUGCGAUGCCGACGGAUUCGUCAAGGUUGAGCCUACACCGGGGUGGUAUGAUCGAUAUGAAGCUGCAUUUGUCACCGAGGCUAGAUCUUGGGUUGACGCUCUGAUGGAUGGCGAGCCCAUGCCAAUUCCCUUGCAGGACGCGUUGACUUCGCUAACCAUAGCAGAGGCUCUCCAGGAGAGUCUCAAAAGUGGCCAGAAAGUGGCGUUCGAUGAAAAAGGCCAACGCAUGGAGGUUGCUGCUGCAUGA